CGCCGCGCAUGCGCGGAAUUUGUCCACAGCGGUCGUGUUUGGCAGCACGGUGCGCGUUGUGCGAAGCUGUGCCGUGGAGUUUGUAUUGUCGAUAUUGUAGCAUUCCUUGUUUAUUAUUUGCAAUAGUUUCGUUACCAUAAUCGACGGUUAGUUAAGCUUAGCGUCGUGACCUUGUCACAUGGGCCAAAUUCGCCAAAGUACGCGGGCACGUUUUGAGCCGAGGCCGUCUUAUGACUAGCAUCGAUCAGGAGAACAUUUCAGUUUGUAAUUUUGCCGACGCUUAAUCUUAUGUUUUAAUCAAGCGUGCCGGAAUGGCAUCGGGCCAGCAGGUGUCUUCACUUUUGCAGAACCAAGCAGGCCAUGAGGGAAGCCGCAUUCCAAACAAGGUGUUCAUUCAGAGGGACUACUCUGAGGGAACAUCGGUCAAGUUCCAGACCAAGUUUCCACAAGAGCUGGAAGGCCUGAUAGAAAGGCACAUGUUCGAUCAGAUGGUCACCACAAUCAACUCUAUAUACUCUGAAGCUGAAAGAAUGAGUAGCAAGACAUUUUGUGAAGGCUUCAUGGCAUGCCUCACUGCAUACUUACUAUACAUGUGUACUGAAACCCAUUACGAGAAGUUUUUGAAGCAAGCCACUGCUUACAUUCACGAACAGAAUGAGACUGUUUAUGGCCCACGUGGCCUCCACAUCACAGAUCCCAUUGAAAGGGGCCUGCGAGUUAUAGAAAUCACCAUCUUGAGCGAACAAAGUGCACGAUCAUGAUCACAAGCAUAACCUGGCCAUUAUUGAAGCCUGGUCUGGCGGCCCGUGCUGCAAUGGUUUACCGUGAAUUCUCACUGUGGUCUGUCACAGCCAAGCACCCAGUUCCCUCGUUUACGUGUGUGCCCAGUUCGACGUGUGCCCUGCAAUGGAUCAGGCCAAGGGCCGAAGUCUCUGUGUGGUCAAGACUGUGGUGUUGACCACUGCACAGGAGGCAGGCGUUGUUUCUCCUCUUAAGCUUGCUGGUUGUAUAGUAAGUGGAGGAGUAACAAUAGCAAGCGUUUUCAUCACGUGUAUAAAGUGUGCUUUCUCAACUGUUUUUAUUAAAGCUUGCUAAAAAA